AUGGCGCGCCUUCCGGCGCUGCCGCGCGUGCUCUUCGUAAUCUUGCUGCUGUCGAGAUCGGCGACCGGGCUCCAUUCUUCGAUCACGCAGAUUUGCGAUGGUAAGCGAUCUCGGCACGGGCAAAGCUCUCCGGAAGCGGAGCACCAGAUUCUCGAGUCCGAGGAGCUUUAUUUCGGGGGUCUGGAGCGCGAUGAAGCCGAGAUUUCGGUGGAGUUGGAUGGAGUCGAGAUCUUAUCGGCUCGAACCGCUCUAGCCGCUGCCGAGAACCAUGAGAAGCCUAUGGAGAAUACUGCUGUCCGCAAACGACUGAAAAAGGUGACACCUAUUAGCUUGAAGGAUUACAAAAGAAUGGUGUCGUGGGCAAGCGGAAGUGACAAGUGGAACACCACGAUCAAGCACAGGCUCGAGCCCGGGGGUGAGGAGUUCAACUUUGCCGCAGCCUCGCACGGUGCUCAAAUAGUGACCUCAAGCAGCGAUGGAGGUAAUCUUCUCAAGGACAAGUACUUUCGCAGCCCAUGCAAGGCCAAGGAGAAGUCUUUUGUCUUGAAGCUUGCAGAAGAAGUCUUGGUGGAUACUGUCGUCAUCGAAAAUCACGAGCUCUACUCGUCCAAUCCAAGGGAACUAGAGGUUCUGGGAACCCUCAGCUAUCCUACAGAAAACUGGAGGCUCUUGGGAAAUGUCGAAGCACAGAAUAUUUGUCGACCUCAAAGGUUUGUGCUGCCGAAGCCGGAGUGGGCGAGGUAUCUGAAGCUGAGAAUACUGUCCCACUAUGGGAACGAGUAUUACUGUACGUUGAAUCAUCUGCAAAUUUUCGGUUCCGGCCUUGAAGGAUUGAUUGAAGAAGCUCAACCUUACUGUGAGCUGCAGCAGCAAGAUGCCACACAAAUCCACAAAUUGCAGGAAGAGUUAAGGCUACUCAAGAGCCAGAUGGCUGACGACGUGUUGUAUGUUGCUAUUGCUGUCCUGGUUUUAGUGUCUGCCGUUCUCGUGUAUCCGUGGAUGGGUACUAUCGUAUGUUUGGUGGUGAUCCACAUAGCUACCUCUUGAUUCAAGGCGAUAAUCCACACGCUGGCGGUUUAUACUGGCUUUUCUCU